UCGAUCCCCAUAAACUUGUACUCGAUGCCUGACUAGGUGUACACUGAAACCCCUUUCUCGCUAGAAUUCCACAUUCUCUGUCGCUUUCUACCCAGCCCCUUUCGGCUUUCCCUCUUGUCAAACUCCACAAACCAUAAACCCACUGAAAAAUUUCCAGAUUUUGACAUUGGUGUUUACCCGGAAGCCCGAUGCAGCUGUAUCAUCACCCGUUUUCGUUAGAGAGCCAAAAGGUGAGGCUGGCUUUGGAAGAAAGGAACAUUGAUUACACCUCAUACCAUGUCAAUCCUGUUACAGGCAAGAACAUGGAUCCUGCGUUUUUUAGGAUGAAUCCAACGGCCAAACUCCCCGUUUUUCAAAACGGCUCUCAUGUUCUCUUCAACACUAUAGAGAUUAUUCAGUACAUAGAGAGAAUCGCGCUGGUAUCGUCUGGUAGUGGCGUCAUAACACAAAGUAGCAAAGAAGUCGUCGAAUGGAUGUACAAGAUACAAGAAUGGAAACCAAAGUUUUUCACCCUUUCCCACAUCCCCGAAAAAUAUUACAUUUAUGCAUCCAAAUUCAUAAGGCGGGUAAUAAUUGCCCGAAUGUCCGAGGCUCCCGACCUAGCCACUGCAUACCACACAAAACUAAAAGAAGCUUAUGAAACCGAAGAAAAGUUACACAACCCUCAAGUCCUACAAAGGAGCGAACAACAUCUCAUGAAGCUUCUUGAUGAAGUGGAAACACAACUUGAAGAAACUAUGUACUUAGCCGGGAAUGAGUUCACAUUAGCCGAUGUCAUGUUGAUUCCUAUAUUGGCCCACUUAGCACUUUUGGGUUUGGAAAGCGUGUAUAUCAGUUGUAGACCCAAGUUGAGUGAGUAUUGGACGUUGGUCCAGCAGAGGCCGAGUUACAAGAAGGUGAUCAAGAAGUAUUUUGGCGGGUGGAAACGACGUAAAACGUUGUUGAAAACGUGGUGCAUUGUUCGCAUGAGAUGUAUGCUUAAACGGUAUUGAUAUAUACCUGUAACUAAAGGUAUUGUUCAGUCACCUUUUUUUUUGUUUUCUUAAUAUGGCAAUUGUAUCAUAUUCAUAUGGUUGAUUGAUGUUGUCUAUAGGAUAUCUGGGUUUUGUAUCAUAACUUGUCUUCGACUUCUAAUGCUCUAUGAUCCCUCUGAAA